CUCCACAUUGUCUGUUUACAAAAACCCUAGCCCUAGCAGAGUCUUGACUCUCACUUGCUCUCCUUUCGUUCGGCCGCUGAUCUUCAACAAUGCCGUUCGUCAAGUCUCAGAAGUCUAGGGCUUACUUCAAGAGGUUUCAAGUCAAGUAUAAGAGAAGGAGAGAGGGGAAGACCGACUACCGUGCCAGGAUUAGGCUCAUUAACCAAGACAAGAACAAGUACAACACACCCAAGUAUCGGUUCGUUGUGCGAUUUACCAACAAGGAUAUUGUUGCCCAGAUUGUAUCUGCCAGCAUUGCUGGCGAUUUGGUUCUCGCUGCAGCCUAUGCCCAUGAGCUGCCACACUAUGGACUUGAAGUUGGUCUGACAAACUAUGCAGCAGCCUACUGCACUGGCCUACUCUUGGCUCGUCGUGUGCUGAAGAAGCUUGAAAUGGAUGACGAAUAUGAGGGGAAUGUUGAGGCAACUGGUGAGGAUUAUUCUGUAGAGCCAGCUGAGAGCAGGAGGCCAUUCCGUGCUCUUCUUGAUGUUGGCCUGAUCAGGACCACCACAGGAAAUCGUGUAUUCGGUGCCUUGAAGGGUGCUUUGGAUGGGGGUUUGGAUAUCCCUCACAGUGAAAAGAGGUUUGCCGGUUUCUCCAAGGAUAGCAAGCAACUUGACGCUGAGGUUCAUCGCAAGUACAUCUAUGGUGGCCAUGUUGCUGCAUACAUGACAACUUUGGCGGAUGAUGAGCCGGAGAAAUACCAGAGUCACUUCAGUGAAUAUAUUAAGAAAGGUAUUGAAGCGGAUAACAUCGAAGAGCUGUACAAGAAAGUUCAUGCUGCCAUCCGUGCUGAUCCUACAAUUAAGAAGACUGAGAAGCCAGCUCCUCAAGAGCACAAGAGGUACAACCUCAAGAAGCUUACCUUUGACGAGAGGAAGAAGAAGUUGGUUGAGAGGUUGAAGGCCUUCAAUGAAGCUGGUAACGAUGAAAACAGUGACGAUGAUGAUGAGUACUAAGCAUUUAAUGGGAUUUGUGCUCUAGUUUGUUUCCUCCCUAGGACAUCUGUUUAAGUAUUCUCGAUAAAAUCUUUUAUCUUUAUAAUUCAGACAUUUGAAGAAUAUGUUUCUUGUUUCGAGGUUCGAGUUAGAAGCGCUACUAAAGUUUUGACAAUGUUAUGAAAGUUAUUUUUUGUUUGGCUA